GCCUUGCUGCAAAAGGAGCUGAAUCUUGCCAGGGCAGAGCCAAAUUCCUCCUGAACUGAAGAAGAAAAAGUUCAUUGUUUCCUCCAAGUGCUGUGAGGAAACACCACAGGGGUCAAACACCUAGGACAAAAAGCCAGUCUGCAGGCACAGACUCACCUUCUCUGCUGGCUAGCAAAGCCCAUGAGCUCUGGGGACUGGUGCUGGAAGCAGCUGCUGCCCGUGUUCAGUGAGCUGCCCUAUCUGCAGAGCAAAGUCCUCCCAGUCCUCCUUGGCAAAGUUUGCAGGACAAAGACACAGAUGUGCAGGUAGAGCCACGUGGCUGUCCCACCUUUCCGUUUAACCCAGCAGUGCUCAAAUUGCAAAGGGCCUUGGUAUUCUGUCGGGAGACAUGGAAAGCACCAUAGAUCCUGUCUUAAAAGACUUCACUCCUUUCCCAUGUAAACACGCACAUGUUCUCCCACACCCGUAGAGAGCUACUGGCGAUCAAGACAGUUUUCCCCUCCUGGCCAGCCCUGCAGAUCACUUCUGGGAGGCUAAAGGUUGCUCCUUGCCCUGCUCUACCCUUGAUUUCAAACACAGCAGGAAAUUCAGAAGACGGCUCUUUUUAAAAAAUGGUAAUCGCAGGGCUGAUUCAUCGUCUGUUCAAGGCACUUGGCAAAGCCACAGAAUGACUGGAAAAAACAGCGUGGAGAUGCCAGCCGCCUUUCCUGCCAAGAUACACCUGGGUUACCCCCCAGGAGUCAUAUUAUAUAAGAGCUACCCAAUGCAACGCCCUUGGAGAGCACAGGAGAAUCCGAACCAGGGGAUGACUAACUCUUCUGGGAAAAGACAGCUCUUCUUAUCUUGGAAACUGAAACAAGAAACCACCGUAAAAUAGAUAUAGGGAGAGUUGUCAGACAUGGCUCACACAUAAUGUUUUCACUGUCUCUUUUUGUAAAAAGAGAGCUAUACCCUGCUCCAAGCUGUAGGUCUGGAUGAACUGAGCCUUUGUGAUCAUAUAAGCAAGCAAACAAAAACAUUUGUGUUUUGUUUAUGAUUUCCAGUGGCUCACUGCCAAGCACCUUGCCACAAAUGCCAUCAGGAAGGCAGGGACUGAAGCCGUCACACUCUAGUAAAUCACAUCUGCUUAGAAGUGACAAGAUUUUAAGGAGCAGGGGGAGGCAAGAGGCCUAUGUGGUUUGGGGGAAUAUUCAGAGCACACUUUGAUGCUUCCCUCUUCAGCCAUAAGGGAGGGAAUACUUGUUCUUAGGGACUGUAAAACACCAGGAGACGUUCCCAUAAUUGUUGGCACUGGACGCUGAGGCCCCGCAUGCAGCAGCGCUAUCACAUAUGGGAGAACGAAGGGCAAAACUUCCAGUGCUGCUUUCAGCAGCCAGCGAGGUGUGAAGAAAGGAUUUAUUGGUCUCUGUUCAGCCCUUCCAGGAAGCCAGAUUUUCUUUGUGGUUUAGGAAGACCAGACUGGGAAAUAUAAGAGGAGCAGAAAACACUGGGCCACUGAGAAACCAUGGAGACCAUCCUCACUUACCUGAAAGCUCAUACUUGGCCUCUUUUCCUUGUCCUGGCAGUUAAAAAACCUCACCCAUGACCCCAUCCUGUUCGCUCUCAAAGCCUGUGCUGCUCUCACCAUCUUUUCCAUGUAGCCCAGAGUUCCCCCCAACAAUGAGACAGAUUGUGCACAGCCCAGAUUUUUAUUUUUUUUAAGGUUUAAUGCUUCGCCCCAACUCUUUAUUUCUCAGCUUGAAAUGAAGAGUUUAAUGCUGGCUAGAGCUUCUGCUAAUUUCCUUCUUCUAAUUUCUGCUAACUUCCUUCCUCCUUUUGGCCCCUGUUUGUGAAACCUCCUUGGGGGUGUUCGCAGGACACAGCGAGUGGCUUUAUAACAGAGAAGGAAGACAGGUGGCCAAGGUGCUCUCAGCGAGCUAACAAGAGGAGCCACAAAGGCCGACUCCACGGGGUUAUCAGCCUACGCCGCUGGGCGGUACUGGGCUUGCCACUCCUUUGAACAAGGGUGAAGGGCAAAUUUCUCAUCUCCUCCUUCCUAUCUGCCCACUGCUGAGCAGAAGCAGCUCCCUCCCAAGGCAGGAGGGAGUCCCACACGGAAGUCGAGCCACCACUCCCGUUCACAUGAGACCUCAGGCAGAGGUGCUGGGGAAGCUGACCACCUCCUGCCAAAAAACCCCAGGAGCCUCUCAGACUGCUCCACCUGCAGCCUCCACCACACCACCUGCCUGACAGACAGCCCCCAAGGGACCUGCCAGGAGGAGCCAAAGGAGAGCAGGGGGGGAAAGAGAAAGACUCUUCACUUCACCAUGCAGGAUGAAAUUCUGUUGACUCCCUGGAGAAAUUUUCCCUUUGAAGACUCAGAUCCAUUUGCCUCUGCGGAUGAAGAGAAGUGGGAUUUCGUCCUCGUGAGUGACAUCCACGAAGUGGGCAGUGUGAAGGAGAUCAAGAGGAAGAAGUUCCUGGAUGAGCUGAGCAAGAAGGGGUUCACCAUCAAGAAAAUUGAGGACAAGAAGCUAUUUUAUGGGGUCCGUGCCCCGAAACAUAUCUUCCGGAAAUACCAGUGGCUCCUGAGGAACCCUCAGGACAGCCGGCUGCAAGACUCUGAUGCCCGUCAUGACAUACCAGUAACCACCAGGAUACGGAUCGUGAACUUCAUCUUGCUGAACACGGUCACGCCUGACCUCGAGAAGCUGAAUGACCUGAUGAAGAAGAAGGUCUUUGAGGCAAUGUUUCCACUGCACGAGAAAGAAGAGGUAAGAGAAUUCCUAAAGGAGAAGUGGGCUCGCUGGAGAGAUAUAUUUUGCCAACAGCCGAUUGAGAAGAUCAGGUGCUAUUUUGGUGAGAAGGUGGCCCUGUACUUUGCCUGGCUUGGCUGGUACACCUACCUGCUGGGGUUCGCUGCGAUGAUCGGCCUGGUGGUCUUCGUGGCUGGGAUUACUGUUUUCAACUCCAGCCAGGUGAGCAAGGAGAUCUGCGAAGCCAAUAACACCAUCAUGUGCCCACUCUGCGACCAGAAGUGCCCGUUCUGGUUGCUCUCUGACACCUGCACCUAUGCCAGGGUCACUCACAUGAUUGACAACGAGGGGACAGUUUUAUUUGCCAUGUUCAUGGCCAUCUGGGCCACCGUGUUCCUGGAGCUGUGGAAGAGGCAGAGAGCCACCGUGGUCACCAACUGGGACCUGUACAGGUGGGAUGAGGAUGAGGAGGAGCUGGCUUUGGAGCUGAUCAAUAAUUUGCAGCACGAACCUCGGCGGUACCAGCACUCCUACUUGCGCAGCACCAUCGUACUCAUCUUGGUUCUGGUCAUGAUUGCUGUGCUGAUCGGCAUUGCCCACGCGCUCGUCAUUUAUCGGGUGGUUGCGACGGCUCUCUUCACCCAGAGCGACUUUGAAUUCUUCCGCGAGCAGGCCAACACAGUGGCCGUGAUGACAGGGGCUGUGCUGCACUACCUCACCAUCGUCAUCAUGACCAAGGUCAACAGGCGUGUGGCCCUCUUUCUCUGUGACAUGGAGAAACCACGGACCUUCUCCCAGCGUGAGAACAACUUCACCAUAAAGAUCUUCAUCUUCCAGUUCUUCACAAACUUCUCCUCGCUCAUCUACAUCGCUUUCUUCCUGGGGCGGAUCAACGGCCAUCCAGGGAACUACGUGCGCAUCGCUGGCAAGUGGAGGCUGGAGGAGUGCCACCCCAGUGGCUGCAUCACCGACCUCUUCAUCCAGAUGGCCAUCAUCAUGAUGCUCAAGCAGACCAUCAGCAAUCUGAUGGAGUACCUCAUCCCCUGGAUAGGCCACAAAAUACGCACUAGGCAGAAGCGCCCCAAGAAGAGAAAUAUGGUGUUGGGGGAGGAGGAAGAGCCUGAGGACCCCUGCAAAAAACAGUGGCUGAGCAACUAUCAACUCAACGAGGUCAACAUCUUCAGCUUGUUUGAUGAGUUCUUGGAGAUGGUGAUCCAGUACAGCUUCACCACCAUUUUUGUGGCUGCCUUUCCCCUCGCCCCGCUGCUGGCUUUCUGCAACAACCUCUUCGAGAUCCGUCUGGAUGCCAUCAAGAUGAUGCGCCUGCGCCGGCGCAUGGUGCCCAGGAAGGCCAAUGACAUCGGAAUCUGGCUGCAGGUCCUGGAGGCCAUUGGCAUCCUGGCUGUCAUCGGGAACGGACUGGUGAUCGCCAUCACGUCUGACUUCAUCCCUGUGCAGGUCUACAAGUACACGUACAGCCCCUGCAUGGUGGAAAACAGCACUGCUGUGGACUGCCUGACCGGCUACAUCAACCACAGCCUCUCCGUCUUCCACGUCCAGGACUUCGAGCCCCACACAAAGCUGGCCGAAAAUCAGACAGACUUUGUCAGGGGCAAGAUCACGGAGUGCAGGUACCGGGAUUACAGGAACGCUGACGACUACAGCUACACCGUCCAGUUCUGGCACGUCUUUGCAGCCCGGCUUGCCUUCCUCAUCCUCUUUGAGCACGCGGCUCUGUGCGUCAAGCUGAUCGCAGCCUGGUACGUCCCCGAUGUCCCCCAAUCAGUUAAGAAUCAUGUUCUGGAUGAGAAACACAGCAACCUUCGGAAAGAACUGAGCACGAUGGAGUACUCCACCGAGGUGUAGCCUCCUCGCACUGCAAAGAGUGAGAAGCACAGACCUGAGCCCCUCUCCCCAGCCCGGCAGUGCCACAGGCACUGGAGGAACCACCGCGGCACCGCCGGCAGAGACAGGCCAUGUGCCCCUGAGCUUGGACUUGAGCUGGGGAGCUGACGGCAGCUUCACAGAGCAGGAUGCUUUAUGACUUGCACAGCCACGAGGAGGAAGAAAGUCGCAGCAGAGACAGGAAUGCUACCUGGGGCACAGGCUGGGCGAGCGCGCUGCUUGUCUGCAGGAGGUGAUCGAGCUUCCGCGUCAGUCAUCGCCUCCACAUGCUGUGCAGCCUCACAGGAAAAGGCAGCUACUUCAGUCCAGAUUCCCUCUCCAGCUCCUCCUUGUUCCUUGGCCCCUUCUUCCUCUGCCUUUAGUGACCUCCCUGCUCCUGUACCAUCAGGAAAAUUCAGUCCUUCCUCUUUCACACCGGCCAGCACAAUCCUCUCGGCACAACUACCGUGUGGCUGCAACUCCAACCCAUCGUUUUCACAGGCUGGAAAAGCGAACUUGUUGGCCUGAGUGGCUUUUGCACUGGGCCCUGCCAAGUCACUGCAUCUGCUCUGACUUCAUUACAUUCCCACCUCAACUAGAAUGAGAGAACAGUAAAUAAACACACUAACUGCA